GUACCUUCCUCUAUUUGAUAUCGGUUUACUGAGUUUUAAACCAUGGGUCGUGUUAUCCGUGCUCAGCGUAAAGGUGCUGGGUCUGUGUUUAGGUCUCAUACAAAAAGGAGAAAGGGAGCACCUAAACUUCGUUCUUUGGAUUUUUCUGAAAGGCAUGGAUACAUCAAAGGUGUUGUGAAGGAUAUUAUCCACGAUCCUGGUCGUGGAGCACCACUGGCUCUUGUUCACUUCCGUGACCCAUACAAAUUUAAAACUCGUAAAGAAUUAUUUAUUGCACCUGAAGGGAUGUAUACCGGCCAAUUCCUUUAUUGUGGAAAAAAAGCAAAUCUUCAAAUUGGAAAUGUAAUGCCUGUUGGUCAAAUGCCUGAAGGUACUAUUGUUUGUAAUUUGGAGGAAAAAACUGGUGACAGGGGUCGAUUGGCCAGAGCUUCAGGAAAUUAUGCCACAGUUAUAGCUCACAAUCCUGAUACAAAAAAAACUAGAGUAAAGUUACCAUCUGGUGCUAAAAAAGUCAUUCCAUCCAAUAACCGUGCAAUGGUUGGCAUAGUUGCUGGUGGUGGACGUAUUGAUAAACCAAUUCUUAAAGCUGGUCGUGCUUAUCAUAAAUAUAAGGCAAAGAGGAAUUGCUGGCCUAAGGUUCGUGGUGUUGCUAUGAAUCCUGUUGAACAUCCUCACGGUGGUGGUAACCAUCAACACAUUGGUAAAGCAUCUACAGUUAAACGAGGAACUAGCGCUGGUCGUAAGAUCGGUCUUAUUGCUGCGCGUCGUACAGGAAGAAUCAGAGGAGGAAAGACCGAUACCAAGAAAGACGAUUAGAUUAAACGUUGAUUAAAUAC